UAUGGCUUUUGAUGGACCAAUAGGGUGGGACCCGAGAUAUCUUCUUCCCCCGUCUCCGUCGAGGCCCCCAGAACUCCCCCCUCCCACCACAGCUGCAUCUUUCAACAGACCAGUUGUGGCGGUCCUGACCUGCUCCUCCCAAAUAGUUCUGGCCCUGGGACAAGAUUCUAGAGAAAUCCUGCCAAAGCCAAGCGUGAUGCCUUCGCAUGCUCUGGUACUAGUGGGCGAGACUCUUGCUCUCACCUGCCUGUCCCAGGAUAACUCCACCAGUAUCCAGUGGCUGAAGGACAACCACUACCUUCCACCCAACAAUAAACUGCAUCUCUCUGAUGGAAACCGGACCCUCCUUCGAAAGGGGGUCACCAAGGCUGAUGCAGGUGCCUACCAGUGCGAAGUCAGGAACUCGGUCUCCUUCCGCACGAGUGACGCUGCGAAUGUCUCGGUGGCCUAUGGACCGGAUGCUGUCGAAAUAAGUCCCUCUGGAAACAUAACUCAGCCCUUUGGUUCCCCUCUAAUUCUAACCUGCAGUGCUGAUUCGGUCCCUGUGCCCCAGUUCGGCUGGCUUUUCAAUAGCACCAGUGUGGGUCAGAAUAGUAGUCGCCUGACCGUCAAUUCCACAAUGUGGGAAAACGAGGGGAUCUAUGAAUGCUGGGUGUACAACACUCUAAUCAACCGCACAGGCUGGGCAUCUGUGACGGUGAUAGUAACAGACCAAGAAUCCCCUUCUGCUCAUCCGGGAUUAUCCUUGCGUCUCAUUUCAGGCAGCAUUUUUGGACUGCUGACUGUGGUGGUUUUAAUUGUCGCCCCUCUUUACUGUUUGUGUGCCCGUGUUUGGAGAGAGAAGUCCUCACAGGUCACAUCAACCACAGCCCUGUGUGACAACCGUCCCCCUGGCCUGCACGUGAGGCCUGGACCAAAGCCAGAGAACUCCCCUGAUCCCAGCUCUACAUACCAGGCGCUCCAGUACGGAGAUGAAGCCUUAUAUCAAGAGUUGGGCAAGUGACCUCCUCGGAGCUGUGUAGUGGCAAGAGCUGGCUGGCUUCCUCUUUCUACGGGUUUCCAGGCUGCCCGCUUCUCCUUUUGAGGCCAGCUACUUCAGAAUGGCUGGCCGGGCUGUGUUUGAAAUGUCCUCCAAUGUAAACUGUUUCUCAGUAUGUCUAUAAACCAUGGGUGUUGUAGGGUUGCUAACCUCCAGGUGGGGCUGGGAGAUCUCCCAGGGUUACAGCUGAUCUCCAGAGAGCAGUUCUGCUGGAGGAAAUGGCAGCUUUGCAGAGCAGAUUGUACGGCACUAUCCCCAGCUGAGGUCCCGCCCUCCACAGGCUCCACCCCCCAAAUCUCCAGGAAUUUCCUGACAUGGCGAUGGCAACCCAAGGCUAUUGUUUGAUGACGAGCCCCUUUUUUUCAGAUGGGAAAGUACACUCUAACGUAAUACAUUCUGUUGGUUUAAAAUCUGAAAUGGAAAUAUUCUGCUGCUUUUGGACCCCUGUCACCAGGGCUUUUUUUCUGGGGAAAGAGGUGAUGGAACUCAGUGGGUUGCCAGCACAGGGGGCAACUCUUGGUAGGAGGUGGUGCCCCUGGUACCACAUGUGCACGCGCAAAGUGCAUGCAGGUUUCCAGGACCAAUGACGUCACUUUGGGUCAGCUGGAACAAGGGGGGAGUUUUUAAAAGUUUAAAUCGCCCU